CUCAAUAGGCUGUUGCAAAAGCAUAUUAUCAUUAUUCUAGCCCUCACAGUCCCAUAGCACUUGGGACAAUCUCACGUAGGUUAAGCCCACUAUGAGUACUUAUAGUGGUCGAAAUUGGUUAGUCUACAGAACAAACAAUGUACUAGGACAAUUUCUGAAGUUUCUCUCUCAAUAGCUUCCCCAACAAUGCACAGUCCUUCUCACCCAGAUCAGCCAAUUUGAUGGCCUUCUCUGCCCAUCGCCGGCAAUCGUCGCUUUCAGAAAGUAAAUAAAGAUCCACCGCUCGAUUAAAUGACAUUGUUGCCAUCCACUGAAUUUCAUCGCUUGGGUAGUGCAUGGUCGUACCGUAGAGGUCACAAGCUGAGGCCAAAGCCUGAUCAAGGGCCGACUCAGCGAGGCGGUAUUCUGAUGCGUCUAAAGAGAGUUGGAAGAAGGUAUGGAUGUAGCGGGGAAGAACGCCCCGGGCUGUUGCGCCAUCUAGGUACGGAGACGUGGAGGUGCGGAGGACAAGUACUAUUCUCUUAGGAUGGAAUAUUCCGUUAGCCCAUGUAGUAUCAUAACUGAUAGAGUAUCGAGUGUUUUAUAACGAAUACCUCAACAGACUUAACAGUAUAUGUUGCCGAAGCUCCGCAACGGAGGACGCAAUCUAAAAAUAUAGAACCGAGUUUCUCGUCAAUUAUGCUCUUAGACUCAUCAAUUAUGGAAGGCACAUGAUCCCAUUGAUUGAAGAAUAUCGCGCAUUCGAGGUCAAUUGAUAAGGUUUUCCGAUAAUUUUGGAGCCAUUCACUGUGUUCGUCAGUUGUAUUCUCAAUUUGUGGUCGGCUCCGGAUGUAAGUUCGGUAGUGCUGAGCAAAUUUUCGGACAUUUUCAUAGUGUUGUUGCU